GCAUGUCAUGUACCCAGCGGUGGUGAACACUUUGUUUGGGAAAGGCAUCUUCCCGGCAAGUCAGAGAGAAAUCAAGGAGUUUGAAGAACAUUUUCAGAAGUACGACGAGGACUUUGAAUAUGCUUCUCAGAUGCCGGAGUGCUUCCUGAGGAACUGGUCUAAAUCCAAAAAAUGGCUUCUAAAAUUAUUUGAGAAAGUAGUGUCAGAUGCUGAAAGGACCAACCCUUCAGAGACCACAUCCAAGACACUACUGCAACAUCUCCUGGAUAACUUGGAAGGGAAACAUCUAGCUCCCAAUUAUGGCCUCCUGAUGCUCUGGGCUUCCCAAGCAAAUUCUGUCCCUAUUGCGUUCUGGACCCUUGUUUUCAUACUCUCUUAUCCUUCCGUUUACAAGAAGGUCAUGGAAGACCUGGCUUCUGUUUUUGGCAAAGCAGGCAAAGAUAAAAUAGAAGUCUCCGAAGAGGAUCUUAAGAAGCUCCUGUUUAUUAAAUGGUGCACUUUGGAAGCCAUACGGCUGAGGUCUCCAGGUGCAAUCACCAAGAAAGUAGUAAACCCAAUAAGAAUUCAGAAUUUCACUGUCCCUGCAGGUGACAUGCUGAUGUUGUCACCGUAUUGGUUACACAGGAAUCCAAAAUAUUUCCCUGACCCAGAAAUGUUCAAACCAGAUCGUUGGAAAGAGGCAAAUUUAGAGAAGAAUGCUUUCUUGGACAGCUUUGUGGCAUUCGGAGGAGGGAAGCAUCAGUGUCCAGGAAGGUGGUUUGCUAUCAUGGAAAUCCAGUUGUUUGUGGUGCUUUUCCUGUACAGAUAUGAAUUUGUAGUUUUGGAUGCAGUACCAAAGGAGAGCCCUUUACAUUUGGUGGGGACACAACAACCCAUGGCACCAUUCCGCGUCCAGUAUAAAUGCCGGGAAUGA